ACUCCUGUUUCAAGCUUUUAUUUUCUUGAUAUCCAAUUUCUAAGUGAUUUUUGAUAACUGGUUGCAAAUUAAUGAACCGGUUUCAAAAUCUGAUCAGUGAAAAUGGUUCAAUUUUUCACGAUCUACACCUUUUGUUUCAAGCUUUUUUCUCCAUCUCCAACUUUUAGUUGUUGAUUGUCAAAAACUUGUUGCAAAAUGCGAAGGAACCAAUGAACCGUUUUCAAAAUGUGGUAAGAAAGAAUUGUGCAAUUUUUCACGCUCUACAACUUUUGUUUCAAGCUUUUUUCUCAAUUUAUAAUUUUUAUGCGAUUUUUGAUAACUGGUUGCAAAUUAAUGAACUGGUUUCAAAACCUGAUCAGCUAAAAUGAUUCAAUUUUGCCCGCUGUACAACUUUUGUUUCAAGAUUUUUUUCUCUAUCUAUACAAUUUUUAGGUUGUGGCAACACUGCUUACCUACCUAUAGGUAAUGUAUCGUACAUGUAUGUAUCUUAUCUCAAAUACAUCAUUCCUACUUUGUACUCUCACUGAACACGCUACAUUGGCGACGAGAGAAAAAAAGUCAUGAAAAUAAGUGAAUGUAUAUGUUAAAAAGUGCCGAGUUCGCGUUAUCAUCGUGAAAAUUGGUAAUAAUUACGUGAAAAUUUUUUAAUCGUAUCGUAAUGAGUUAAAAAAAACCAUCCAAAAUGCCGGCGGAACCUCAAGAAAUUAAAAUCGUACAGAUUAUCGGCGAUCCGCCUAAAUAUGAAGGCAAGUGGAGCUUGUUCAAAAAACAGCUCGAAGUGUUUUUUCGCAUGAACUCAAUCGAAGAUGAUAAGAAAACGUAUAUUCUGCUCAACUCCAUCAAUAGUCAAAUGUUCCAGUUGAUUACUACUUUGGUUUCGCCUAAGGAACCUAUCGAUGAGAAGUAUAAAGACAUUGUUGAUCUCGUGGAUAAACACCUCGACCCAACACCAAAUCCGAUCGUCGAGCGUCAUAAUUUUAACAUCGCCAAACAAGAAACCAACGAGUCAGUUCCUGAUUUCAUCGCUCGACUACGUAAGUUAGCCACCACUUGUGAUUAUGGUACUACUCUCGAUAAUCAGCUUCGCGAUGCGAUAGUCCGAGGCAUAAGAAACUCUGAUACUAAGAAAAAACUCUUCGAAAAAGGGAAGGACUUGACAUUAAGCCAAGCACUUGAGAUCGUGAAAAGUUCGGAGACAGCCGAGCAAAAUACCAAACAGGUCAAUGGUGAAACUCCGAGUACCAGCUCAACCGUUUAUUUUCAAUCUUCAAGUGGCUCAAAUUCCCGCCAAAAUAAGUGCAAUAAUUGUGGCAGAAAUAACCACUCAACAGCUAAUUGUCGUGUUCCUAAAACCAAAUGUGAUUAUUGCGGUAAAAACAACCACCAAUCGAAUCGUUGCUAUUUUAAAAAAGAUUGUAGUGUAUGCGGUCGAAGCAAUCAUACGCGUGACAAAUGCAGAUACCGUGAUCUCAGCUGUAAUUUCUGCAAACGUAAAGGUCACUUGGCAAAUGUGUGUCGUGAUAAAGCUAAAAAUAAGUCAUCCGAGCGGAACUCUGAUAGGGAAGUUGCAACAAGGUCUGCUAAAACAAAAAGCUCUAACCUCAAUUUCCAAGAGGACGACGACGACAUCGAUACUGAACCAUGGUCCUUGUAUUCAAUCAAUGAUGGGAAGAAAAAUCCUGAGGUAUUAGAUGUUGUACUCGAUGGUAUUAGCCUAACUAUGCAGAUCGACUCCGGCUCAACGAUCUCUGCCAUGAGCCUAGCUGAUAAAACGAAAUACUUCCGUUCCAAUAAAGUUCAUAAAACCUCUCGAUGUUUCAAGGAUUACAUUGGCAAUAAAAUCGAGCCUGUUGGCUACAUAAUUGCUCAGCUUCGACUCAACUCGAGGGAAAAAUGCCCGGCAAAGCUGUACAUCUUCCAAAGUGGCGGUCCUCCAUUAUUAGGUCGAGAUCUGAUGGAGUUACUGGGUAUCCGUUGUCACUUAGUGACCCAAGGUGGUAAAAUUAACCACAUUGAAGAGUCGGAUAUAGUCAAAAUGAUCCGCGAAAAAUACCCAAAUGUCAUAGCCACUAGUGAUAAUAUUGGAAGGUAUAAUAAAGAACUCCUGCAUAUUCCAUUGAAAGUAGAUGCAAAACCAAUUUACAUUGGUCCAAGGCCAUUACCAUUUGGCCUCAAAAAGCUGGUAGAAGAAGAAAUCGAUCGUUUGCUCAAAUUGAAAAUUAUUGAACCAACGGUGUACAGUGAGUGGGGCACGCCGAUUGUCCCACUGCUCAAGGAUAAAAACUCAGUAAAAAUUAGCGGUGCUUACAAUCUUACGGUGAAUAAAAACAUACUUACUGAGCACUUUCCAAUUCCGAGGAAAGAUGAUAUUCUGGCGGAAAUCCGUCCAGGGUGUAAAUUCUCCAAGUUCGAUUUAAAAUUCGCUUAUCAGCAAAUGGGCCUUGAUUUACAGUCGCAAGACCUCACAACUAUUACAACUCAUAUUGGCAACUUUAAAUAUCGAAGUCUACCUCAUGGUAUAAGCAUUGGCCCAGCAAGAUUUCAAAAUACGAUGGAAAAACUAUUAGCUGGUAUCAAAGGGCUAUUCAAAUUCUUCGAUGACUGGUUAAUUGCUGCUGAGAACGAGGAAGAACAUCUUAAAAUAAUUCACGAAGUCCUCCGCAGGUUGUCCAAUGCUGGAUUACGAAUCAACCUAGAUAAAUGCCGAUUUUUCGUCUCAGAAGUUACUUAUUUGGGCCAUAGAGUCAGCCAAGAAGGCAUCAAACCUCUUGAAAAACGUGUUCAAGCUAUCAUUGAUCAACCGAAACCUCAAACAGUGAGGCAAGUUAAAGCAUUUCUAGGUAUGGUAAACCAUUAUUCCAAAUUUAUUGAGGCGAGAGCCAAUAUGCUAAAACCAUUGUACGAAUUGUCAAAUAGUGAGAAAUUUUAUUGGGAUAAAGAUUGUGAUGCUGCAUUUGCUAAAAUUAAAAAAGAAAUUGCUUCAGAUAAACUCUUAGUGCAUUUUGAUGAGAAUAGAAAAUUAAUUCUAAAUUGUGAUAGUUCAGAAUAUGGUAUAGGUGCAGUCCUAUCUCAUGAGAUGGAUGAUGGGUCCAUCCGUCCUAUUGCAUACGCAUCACGCACUUUAUCCCAACAUGAGAAAAACUAUUCUCAACUUAUGAAGGAAGCGUUAGCUAUUAUAUUCGGUGUUAAGUACUUUCAUCAGUUUGUAUAUCUAAAAAAGUUCGUUAUUGUUACUGAUCACAAACCGUUAACUGCUAUAUUUGAUAAAAGUAAAAACAGUGAAUUGAGUAUGAUGGCAGCCAAUAGGGUUUUGAGGUGGAGUAUGUUUUUGUCAAAUUACAAUUACGAAAUUCAAUUCACCAAUUCUGAAAACAAUUCUGUAGCUGAUGCUUUAAGCAGAUUACCUUCGAAUGCUAAAAACACUGAUAAUCCUGACGAUAAUAUCAAUUCUCCAUUUAUCAAUUUUUUCGAAAGUGUAUUCAACGUUGAGGAGUUCAUUGAGGAAUCUAAAAACGAUAGUAUUCUAAGACAGGUGUAUAAUUUUGUAAAAAAAGGCAAAUGGCCUAAGUUUAAAGUAAAUAAAAUCGAAGGGGAUUUGAGAAAUUACUACUUGUGUCGUGAUGAAAUUUAUAUUGAAAAUGGGUUGCUGUAUAAAAAUAACAAGUUGAUUGUACCUAAAAAAUUGCAACUCAAAGUUCUGAACGAAUUGCAUAGUACACAUUUUGGUAUCGGUAAAUUAAAAAGUACUGCUAGAUAUUAUUAUUAUUGGCCUAAUAUGACGAGUGAUAUUGUUAAUUUAAUUAAGAAUUGUAGUAAUUGUCUCGAAAAUGGUACAAAUGUGCCUAAAAAUAAGAUGGAAUCUUGGCCUUAUCCUAGUAAACCUGGUGUUAGAUUACAUGCUGAUUUUUGUUUUUAUAAAGGUAAGAAUUUUUUAAUUGUAAUAGAUGAAUAUUCUAAGCAUCCUGAAAUUUAUUAUAUUUCUAAUAUUACCACUGAUAUUACGAUUCAGUGCUUUCGUGAUUAUUUUGCUCGUUGGGGUAUUCCCAAGCUUUUAGUAACUGAUAAUGGUACUCAGUUUACCGCGAACGAAUUCAUUGAAUUUUGUACCAAAAAUAACGUAAAGAAACUUUUCUCUCCACCUUAUCACCCGCAAAGUAACGGAGCUGCUGAAAAUUUCGUUCGUACUUUCAAAGAUAAAUUUGUUAAAAUUUUACACCCAAAAUCUGAUGCUAACGAUAGUGAAAUUAAUAGGAUUGUAAAUAGUUUCCUAUUCGAUUAUAGAAACAUGGUUCAUGAAACCACAGGCAAAACGCCUAAUGAUUUACAGUUGAAUAGAAAGAUAAGGUGUAAAAAUGAAGUUUUAAGUAACGUAAUCAGGCAACAGGCCAAACAAAAGAAGAAUUUCAAAGGUAAAUCGAGUAGUAUAUUUAAAAUUAAUGAUGUCGUUUAUUUUCGAAAUUAUUCUGGUCAACGCAAUUGGGUGAAAGGUGUAAUAAUUUCACAAAUUAGCAGAUUUAUUUUUGCAAUAAGAGACAAGAAUGGCAUUAACGUAACUCGCCACGUAAAUCAGAUAAAAAAAUGUACCCAAGAGUUAGAUAAAAACGAAGCUGAAUCGAAUGUUAAUGUAAACGUAAAAUCACCAAGUAUCGAAGAUAAACCGAGCCAAGCUCGUUGUAAACGAAAAACUAUUGUAAUUAAACCGAUCGUGUCUAAUCCUGUAACGAGUCCUAGUACUAGUAAUGUUCCGAAUAAUUCUUCUGCAAAAGUUUUACCUAAUAGAACUAGGCAGAAACCUGCCAAAUACAAUGAUUACGUAUAAACGAUUCAACGAAUGUAAUGUAUUGUUAAUUGUAUUAAAUUGAUGUAUGUAAUGUAAAAUGUAAUUGUAUAGUAUUGUAAAAUUUAAUUUUGUAAUUAGAGGGGAGGAGUGUGGCAACACUGCUUACCUACCUAUAGGUAAUGUAUCGUACAUGUAUGUAUCUUAUCUCAAAUACAUCAUUCCUACUUUGUA